AUGGCAACAAGGACACGCACAGGAGGAUCAACUGCUAUCCAAUAUGAAGAUUUUCAGCCCAAGUCUGAAUUGAAGGAAGAAGGAGGAGCUAACAUAUUAGUUGUACAUCUUCCUGGUUUUCAAAAGGAGCAAAUCAAUAUCAGUUAUGUGCAUUCAUCCCGUUUGAUUAGAGUUAUUGGAGAGCGACUGAUCGUUGGUAACAAAUGGAGCAGGUUCAACCAAGCAUUUUCGGUUCCUCAAAACUGUGAUGUGCAGAAAAUUCAGGCCAAAUUUCAAAAUGGAGUUCUUACCAUUACAAUGCCAAAACUCCAACCUUCAAUCCCUGAUAAUCUUACUUCGACGAGUGUUGCAGUUGAAGAAGGAAAGGAGAAGACAGUGGCUCCUCAAAUUCCUCAGCAAGCCAAAACAUAUGUUGCGACCCAAAAACAAUCAGAUGGAAAGCAAGUAGAAGGAGCCCCUAGCCCCGGAGAAGCCUUGAAAGAUCCAAAGUCUCAAACUCAGGUUGAAGCCACCUCAAAUGUUGCUUCAAUAACUGAUGAUACCAUGAAGACAAAAGAUAAAAAGGGUGCUAAAGUUGGUGAAGAAAAGACCAUUGAAAAGAAAGAAAAGGGGGAACUAUAUGACAAGGCAAGCGAAUCCAACCAAGAGGAAACUAGCAAGAGAAUAAAAGAAUCCUUGUUAGCUGAUCAAAGUGAAGAACGUACCAAGAAAAGAAAAGAAGUGAUGGUGACAAGGCCUGAUGAAAGAACUAGAAGUGGUAAAUUUGGUGGAGGUGAAGAGAAGCCAAAGGAAGAUUUCUUUACUGACAAAGUGAAGAAUGUGGCAGCUGCUGCAAAGAAGAAUGUGAUGGAGCUGAGCGAAGAGAGGCAAUUGCUGGUGAAUAUAGGUGUGGCAGUUCUAGUAAUUGUAGCACUUGGGGCUUACAUCUCUUAUAGUUAUCGAUCAUCUGGGAAGUCCAUGGACUAG